UGGGAAAGAGCAUGUUCACCACUGUGUUACAUCACCUUUUCUUUUAACAACACUCAAUAAACGCUUGGAAACUGAGGAAGUUAAUUGUUGAAGCUUUGAAAGUGGAAUUCUUUCCAAUUCUUGUUUUAUAUAGAGCUUCAGUCGUUCAACAGUCCAGGGUCUCCGCUGUCGUAUUUUACGCUUUAUAAAGCGCCACACAUUUUCGAUGGGAGACAGGUCUGGACUGCAGGCGGGCCAGAAAAGUACCCGCAGUCUUUUACUACGAAGCCACGCUGUUGUAACACGUGGCUUGGCAUUGUCUUGCUGAAAUAAGCAGGGGCCUCCAUGAUAACGUUGCUUGGAUGGCAACAUAUGUUGCUCCAAAACCUGUAUGGACCUUUCUAGAUUAAUGGUGCCUUCACAGAUGUGUAAGUUACCCAUGCCACCCCCAAACCAUCACAGAUGCUGGCUUUUGAACUUUGCGCCUAUAACAAUCCGAAUGGUUAUUUUCCUCUUUGUUCUGGAGGACACCACGUCCUCUGUUUCCAAAUAUUAUUUGAAAUGAGGACUCGUCAGACCACAGAACACCUUUCCACUUUGCAUCAGUCUAUCUUAGAUGAGCUCGGGCCCAGCGAAGCCGGCGGCGUUUCAGGGUGUUGUUGAUAAUGGGUUUGGCUUUGCAUAGUAGAGUUUUAACUUGCACUUACAGAUGUAGCGACCAACUGUAGUUACUGACAGUGGUUUUAUGAAGUGUUCCUGAGCCCAUGUGGUGAUAACCUUUACACACUGAUGUUGGUUUUUGAUGAGGUAUCAAAAGUCCGUAAUAUCACUUACGUGCAGUGAUUUCUCCAGAUUGUCUGAACCUUUUGAUGGUAUUAUGGACCGUAGAUGGUAAAAUCCCUAAAUUCCUUGCAAUAGCUCGUUGAGAAAUGUUGUUCUAAAACAUUUCGAAAAUUUGCUUACAAAUUGGUGACCCUCGCCCAAUCCUUGUUUGGGAAUUACUCAGCAUUUCAUCGAAGGUGCUUUUACACCCAAACAUGGCACCCAACUGUUCCCAAUUAGCCUGCACACCUGUGGGAUGUUCCCUAUAAGUGUUUGAUGAGCAUUCCUCAACUUUCCCAGUAUUUAUUGACACCUUUCCCAACUUCUUUGUCACAUGUUGCUGGCAUCAAAUUCUAAAAGUAAUGAUUAUUUGUAAAAAAAAAAAAGUUUAUCAGUUUGAACAUCAAAUAUGUAGUCUUUGUAGCAUAUUCAAUUGAAUAUGGGUUGAAAAUGAUUUGCAAAUCAUUGUAUUCCGUUUAUAUUUACAUCUAACACAAUUUCCCAACUCAUAUGGACACGGGGUUUGUAGCUUGCUACAUUUAAUGUAAUUUCUAUCUCUGGGCCCACAUGUAUAAUAAGAACCACUGAUCGCCACACACACACUAGGUGUGGUGAAAUUACUCUCUGCAUUUGACCCAUCCCCUUGUUCCACCCCCUGGGAGGUGAGGGGAGCAUUGAGCAGCAGCGGUGGCCGCGCUCGGGAAUCAUUAUGGUGAUUUAACCCCCCCAAUUCCAACCCUUGAUGCUGAGUGCUAAGCAGGGAGGAAAUGGCUCCCAUUUUUAUAGUCUUUGGAGUGAACAAAUGGACCCAACAAGGGCACAUUACCAUUAACUGUCUGUCAUUUAGCAGGGGACACCCUGCAACUACCCCUAGGGGCCCCCAAACCCCACUGUAUGUAUUUGUUUUAGCUUGCCCUUUCUUUGACCCACCCCUAUAAUGAUAUUCAUUUUCUCUACCUACCGUAAAAAAAACAGCAUCUAUCUAUAUCUUGACAAAAAACAAUGACUUCUAUUUUUAAUGGGAACAGUUGGUAAUAGUUGUGUGCAGUAAAACCUUUCAUGAACUCAACUCACCUUAAUGUGUGUUCCACGUCUUCAAUGAAGAGAGCAGUUAGGAUUUUGGUUUACAGAGUAAACAACUAAAAACUAAGGUUUUGGGUAUUGUUUUCUCUCAAUGCAUACAUUUGUCUAAAUAUGGCUCAGGAUACGCAUUAUUGUCAUCUUCAUUACUGUGGAGUUCCCCAGGGUUCGGUUCUUGGCCCUGCACUCUUUAGCAACUACAUGCUUCCGCUAGGUGACAUCAUUCUCAAAUACGGUGUUAGCUUUCACUGUUAUGCUGAUGACACCCAACUCUUCAUGCCCCUAAAGCUGACCAACACGCCGGAUUGUAGUCAGCUGCAGGCGUGUCUUAAUUAAAUCAAACAAUGGAUUGUCUGCUAACUUUUUGCAACUCAACGCCAAAAAAACGGAAAUGCUGAUUAUCGGUCCUGCUAGACACCGACAUUUAUUUAAUAAUACCACCUUAACAUUUGACAACCAAACAAACGGUGACUCGGUAAAGAAUCUGGGUAUUAUCUUCGACCCAACUCUCGUUUGAGUCACACAUUAAAAGCGUUACUAAAACAGCCUUCUUUCAUCUCCGUAAUAUCGCUAAAAUUCGUUCCAUUUUGUCCACUAGCGACGCUGAGAUCAUUAUUUGUGCGUUUGAUACGUCUCGUCUCGAUUACUGUAACGUAUUAUUUUCGGGUCUCCCCAUGUCUAGCAUUAAAAGAUUACAGUUGGUACAAAAUGCGGCUGCUAGACUUUUGACAAGAACAAGAAAGUUUGAUCACAUUACGCCUGUACUGGCUCACCUGCACUGGCUUCCUGUGCACUUAAGAUGUGAUUUUAAGGUUUUACUACUUACGUAUAAAAUACUACACGGUCUAGUUCCAGCUUAUCUUGCCGAUUGUAUUGUACCAUAUGUCCCGGCAAGAAAUCUGCGUUCAAAGAACUCCAGCUUAUUAGUGAUUCCCAGAGCCAAUAAAAAGUCCGCGGGCAAUAGAGCGUUUUCUAUUCGGGCUCCAGUACUCUGGAAUGCCCUCCCGGUAACAGAGAUGCUACCUCAGUAGAAACAUUUAAGUCCCAUCUUAAAACUCCUUUGUAUACUCUAGCCUUUAAAUAGACCCCCCUUUUUAGACCAGUUCAUCUGCCGUCUCAUUUCUUUUCUCCUCUGCCCCCCUCUCCCUCGUGGAGGAGGGGGGCACAGGUCAGGUGGCCAAGGAUGAAGUGCUGGCCGUCCAGAAUCGUGACCCGGGAUGAACCACUCGCCUGUGCAUCGGUUGGGGACUUCUCUGCUCUGCUGACCCGUCUCUGCUUGGGAUGGUCUCCUGCUGGCCCCACUAUGGACUGGACUCUCACUAUUAUGUUAGAGCUACUAUGGACUGGACUUUCACCAUAUUAUGUUAGACCCACUCGAUGUCCAUUGCAUCUGGUCUCCCCUAGCGUGGGGGGCUUACCCACAUUUACGGUCCUCUCCAAGAUUUCUAAUAGUCAUUCUCAUUGCCGUCCCACUGGGUUGUGAGUUUUUCCUUGCCCUUAUGUGGGCGCUGAUCCGCGGAUGUUGUUGUGGCUUGUGCAGCCCUUUGAGACAGUUGUGAUUUUUGGCUAUAUAAAAAAACAUUGAUUGAUUGAUUGACUAAAGGAAACAUCUAAUCUGCAUGAGAGAAUUCCUCUGCCAUUUUCAAGUACAGUACGUCAUAUAUAUAUAUACAUAUAUAUAAAUAAAAUUGACUUUCCACAGAACAUCACUGGCGACAUUGUAAGAGGCUGUCAUAACACUUGUGCUCACUCCUAAAUCACAUGAACUGAUGAUUAACGUCAUUAAAAUGUUUAAUUCUCA